AUGGCGGCAAUAGUUGAGCUUAGAAGGAGAAGCAAAACAAGAAUCGCUGUUGAAUAUGGAGCUGCAGGGAUAAUAGUUUCCAACCAUGGAGCUCGUCAGCUAGAUUAUGUCCCUGCAACUAUAGUGGCCCUCGAAGAGGUUGGGAGGCCGAGUUUGUUCUCGCUUGCAGCGAACGGAGAAGCGGGAGUGAGGAAGAUGCUGCAAAUGCUAAGAGACGAGUUCGAGCUUACAAUGGCACUAAGUGGCUGUCGUUCGCUGAGAGAGAUCAGUCGAAACCACAUCAAGGCCGAUUGGGAACUUCCUCAUCACCUCCCGGCCAAGAUAUAA